AGGUCAUAAAUGCAAUUGUCAAAAACAAAAAACGAAAAACAAAAAUGCAUCGCCGCGUGAAGUGAAAUCAUUAGGACAGUUGAAAGAGAUUUCUUCUUCGAAGUGACUGAAAGUCAGACGCGACAUGCCGCUCUUAGUAAACUCUGAUCUAUCAUGUGAAAGCUGAAAUCUUUAAUGAUGUCGAGACCGUGGGUGCUGGUUUUUCUGCUGUUAUUAAUUGUUUUUACAUCUCAGUUUGAAUGGAAACAACAAAUUGGGAACGAAAUUGAAGCGAGUCCAACUAUUUCUAGGAAGGAGCAAUUUAAUUCGAAACGAGAAGAUUCUGUAAAAGAAAAGAUCAUCCUCUCUCAAGAAAAGGAUAUUCAGAAACUUAAUGAGCUUGUCCGGAGCCUUCGGGAGCAGUUAGUACAGUGCAAAAGUGAAAAUUAUUCUGCCAAUGGCACGGCAAUCCCUUUGACUGAACAUUUGAACGAGCUUGAGCAGCAACCAAUCUUGGAGGUCUAGACAUGGAUACUUACUUUUGACAUCAAUUUUUGUUAUGUGCAAAUAUGUGAACCUUGUCUUGUUUUCUCAGCAAAACCGACUAUGAGAUUAAUUAUGUAUUUCAGUUUUCUUAUAUACCAAACUGUAAUCCAAUUCCCAUUGUAUGUAGCAAUAGUCAGUCCCAAAUGAUUCAGUGGAAAUCUUUUUGAAACAGGUGAGUAGGUAUGUAAUGCUUUGAAGUAAAAAAUUUGAAGUACCACUACCACUUUAAAGGAAGUUUUUAGUUAGGUACAUAAAAGUAAAAGAUUAUAGCAUUGUAGUGUUGCAAAUAAGUCUUAGUUGUGCUAA